CCUCCCCUCCCCCAGCUCUGCUGCGUCUGGUCUGGUGUCUGCUGAGGAGGAGCCACUGCUGCAGCCCUGUCCACAUCGCUCAGCCCUGCUCUACCCUGCCCAUCGGCUGGUCAGUCGGGAAGGGGGUCUCCUGCCCAGCCUCCAAGGAGGUUGCUGAGGUGCUGCUGACACUGCGAGGCGUGGCAUGGAGUCCCUCCUCCCCGCCCCGUUCUGGGAGGUCCUCUACGGUGGCCACCCUCAGGGCAACCUGUCCCUCCUGAGCCCCAACCACAGCCUGCUGCCUCCCCACCUGCUGCUCAACGCCACCCACGGUGCCUUCCUGCCCCUUGGGCUCAAGGUCACCAUAGUGGGGCUCUACCUGGCCGUGUGCGUCGGGGGGCUGCUGGGGAACUGCCUGGUCAUGUAUGUCAUCCUCAGGCACACCAAGAUGAAGACGGCCACCAACAUCUACAUCUUCAAUCUGGCCCUGGCAGACACCCUGGUCCUGCUGACCCUGCCCUUCCAGGGUGCAGACAUCCUCCUGGGCUUCUGGCCCUUCGGAAAUGCUCUGUGCAAGGCUGUCAUCGCCAUCGACUACUACAACAUGUUCACCAGCACCUUCACGCUGACCGCCAUGAGCGUGGACCGCUACGUGGCCAUCUGCCACCCCAUUCGUGCCCUCGAUGUCCGGACAUCCAGCAAAGCCCAGGCUGUCAACGUGGCCAUCUGGGCCCUGGCCUCUGUGGUUGGUGUUCCUGUCGCCAUCAUGGGCUCGGCGCAGGUGGAGGAUGAAGAGAUCGAGUGUCUGGUGGAGAUCCCUGCCCCCCAGGACUACUGGGGCCCUGUGUUCGCCGUCUGCAUCUUCCUCUUCUCCUUCGUCCUCCCGGUGCUUGUCAUCUCUGUCUGCUACAGCCUCAUGGUCCGGCGGCUCCGCGGGGUCCGCCUGCUCUCAGGCUCCCGGGAGAAGGACCGGAACCUGCGACGCAUCACGCGGCUGGUGCUGGUGGUGGUGGCCGUGUUCGUGGGCUGCUGGACGCCCGUGCAGGUCUUCGUGCUGGUGCAAGGGCUGGGCGUGCAGCCGGGCAGUGAGACCGCCGUGGCCAUCCUGCGCUUCUGCACAGCUCUGGGCUACGUCAACAGCUGCCUCAACCCCAUCCUCUACGCCUUCUUGGACGAGAACUUCAAGGCCUGCUUCCGCAAGUUCUGCUGUGCGUCGGCCCUGCGCCGGGACACACAGGCGUCUGACCGUGUGCGCAGCAUUGCCAAGGAUGCGGCCUUCGCCUGCAAGACCUCUGAGACAGUCCCACGGCCAGCAUGACUAGGCGUGGACCUGCCCAUGGUGCCCGUCAGCCCGCAGAGCCCGUCCACACCCAACACGGAGCUCACGCAGGUCACUGCUCUCUAGGCUGACACCUGAGCCUGCCCUUUGGCCAGCGACACCACAGUUAGCUCGGGGUGUCAGGGCUGCCCCGUGGCCCCGUCUGACUUAGUGACCUUCCUGGCAACGCUAGGGGGACACAAGGGCUCUGUUCAAAGGUGUCCAUCCCAGAGGAUGUGCUCUACUGGAGCCCGUGCUUGGGGUGACUUGGCCUCUGCCCUGCUGAGCCAGCUGACCUGCAGGUGCCGAGGUGCCUGGAGAUGGCACCUGUGUGCUACAUGCUGCGUGCCGUCCCCAGGCAGAACUGGCUGCAGCCCUGUUGUGUCUCCUAGAAAGGCUUGGGCUGCCCAGGGAGGGCAGGGGCAGCAUUUCUUUGGGGAUGGGGCUUACUCUGACUUCGGAGCUGCCCGCUUGCCUGUCCUGACCCCACUGUGCAGCCAGGGCCACCCUGGGAGGGAGCUUAGGGCCAGCUGCUUCUCGGACAGUCUCAUCUGCUGCCCUGAGCCCUCUGCAACAUGGACUCCCCCAUGCUGCCACCUGCUCAUCCCUGACUGGCUUGUUCCCCUUCAGGAGAGCAGUGGCCCAGAGGCAGGGGAAGCCUGACCGCCGUGGGCUGCUUUGUCAACCAGAGUGGAGGCCCAUGUCCUAAGCCUUGGCUUAGGGACCCCCCAGACGGAACGGCUCCCUCUAUCCUCUUCCUUUGCUUUAAUUCAGAGGCCAGGGGCAGGAAGAAGGAGGUAAUGGCGGCCAUGGAAGGGUGGCAGUUUGGGGUGUGUUCUGCUCAGCACCCCCGUGACCACCCAUGCAACUUUCCAGGGUGUCUCUGGAUAGGGUCUGAGUUUGCUGCCAAUCAGGAUAGAGUCUUGUGUGCUGGGGGAAGGUGGGCUGGCUUAAGCCAAGCUGCAAGUACUGUCUGGGCUGUGGGAACACUGUGUGGGAGGUGUCUACACUUUGGGGGUUGCCCUCCCGUCGUCCCCAGAGGAUCGAGCUCCCUGGUCCUCAGGCUGAUGAUGGCCAGCGCUGUGCAGAUGAGCUGUGAGACUCUGCAGGCUGCAACCUUGGCCAGGCAGCUGAGGACCUGUGAUGACCCGGACAGGUGGCUGCGUGGAGUGGCUCCUGGGCGGCUGGGACUCUUCCUGGGACUGUGAUGAGGCUGUGAGGGUGGCAGCUGCCUGGCUGUCUCCUUAACAAGCCUGGGAUUCUGCUGUGUGACCUUGUCUUCCGGAGUCUGCAUGCCGCCAGCACUGCCCCCUGCAUGUAGCCCGCCCUGACCUGCCCUGGGGUCAGAAUAAAGGCUGCUCCUG